AUGUCCGAGUCAAAGCCUGUUGGAACGCCUGUGGAGCUUGGAACUCAACUGCGACGAAACAAGAAAGUCAGCUCGGAAAUAAAGGCCUUACCUUACAGAGAGCUUGUAGGAGCUCUGAUGUACCUGUCCGUAUGCACUAGACCUGAUAUCGCUCACGUCAUCAGCUACUUGAGUCAAUUCAACUGCUAUAGUAGUAUCAUUGGACGGCGGCUAAACGCAAAAACUUCGGAUCCGCUCAUCGGAUUUGCUGACGCCGACUGGGCAAACUGCGUGGACGACAGGAAAUCAUACACCGGGUACGCAUUUGUGUUUGGAGGAUGUCCCAUUUCGUGGGAGUCGCGGAAGCAGAAGACGACCGUUCUCUCAUCCAUGGAAGCUGAAUACAUGGCUUUAAGCGAAGCUACAAAGGAGGCUGUGCAUCUCCGGAGUCUCCUAAGCGAAUUAGGUUUUCCGUAUCCCAAGAUUAAACUGUGGAGCGAUAAUUGCGGCGCCAUCAAACUGGCAGAGAAUCCGGUGUUCCAUAACCGAUCAAAGCAUAUCGACGUGCGACACCAUUUCGUCCGAGAGAUGUUGGAAAUCGGCGUGAUCGAUAUCGACCACAGACCAACGGAAUACAUGGCCGCAGAUGUUCUUACGAAGGGAUUAUCGGGCCCCAAGCAUCGGAAAUGCUAA